ACCUCCUUCCAAAUCACAGUCAGCAUCCUAUCCGCUGUCUCCACGAGCUCAAGGUCCUCCUUCUCUCCUCCGCUUUUGGUUGCCAUGGCUAUGACGUCAUCUUGCACCACACGCACGGCCCAGUAACGGCGUUUAGAGGCGGGCGUGGUGAGACAGAGGGCCGGGAAAAAACCGCUCCGUCGGUCAGAGUGUGCAGAAGAAGAAGAUCGUCCCCGACUUCUCCAUCACCGCCAUUAAAGGACCCGAGGCAUCAUGCGCGAGAUUGUGCACCUGCAAGCCGGCCAGUGCGGCAAUCAGAUCGGCGCCAAGUUCUGGGAGGUUAUCAGCGAUGAACACGGCAUUGAUCCAACAGGAACAUAUCAUGGAGACAGCGACCUACAGCUAGACAGGAUCAGUGUUUACUACAACGAGGCUACAGGUGGGAAAUAUGUUCCCCGUGCCAUCUUGGUGGAUCUGGAGCCUGGCACCAUGGAUUCAGUUCGUUCUGGACCCUUUGGGCAGAUCUUUAGACCUGACAACUUUGUGUUUGGUCAGAGUGGUGCCGGAAACAACUGGGCCAAAGGUCACUACACAGAAGGAGCUGAACUGGUCGACUCGGUUCUGGACGUCGUCCGUAAGGAAGCGGAGAGCUGCGACUGCCUGCAGGGCUUCCAGCUAACUCACUCCCUCGGCGGAGGAACCGGAUCGGGCAUGGGUACCCUGCUCAUCAGCAAGAUCCGUGAAGAAUACCCCGACCGUAUCAUGAACACCUUCAGCGUGGUGCCCUCGCCCAAGGUGUCCGACACCGUGGUGGAGCCCUACAACGCCACCCUGUCCGUCCACCAGCUGGUGGAGAACACGGACGAGACCUACUGCAUCGACAACGAGGCUCUAUACGACAUCUGCUUCCGCACCCUCAAACUCACCACGCCGACCUACGGCGACCUCAACCAUCUCGUCUCCGCCACCAUGAGCGGCGUGACGACCUGCCUCCGCUUCCCCGGCCAGCUGAACGCCGACCUCCGCAAACUGGCCGUCAACAUGGUGCCCUUCCCGCGUCUCCACUUCUUCAUGCCCGGCUUCGCCCCACUCACCAGCAGGGGAAGCCAGCAGUACCGCGCCCUGUCAGUGCCCGAGCUCACGCAGCAGAUGUUCGACGCCAAGAACAUGAUGGCCGCCUGCGAUCCACGUCACGGACGUUACCUGACGGUGGCCGCCGUGUUCCGCGGACGCAUGUCCAUGAAGGAGGUGGACGAGCAGAUGCUGAACGUCCAGAAUAAGAACAGCAGCUACUUUGUCGAAUGGAUCCCCAAUAACGUCAAAACGGCCGUGUGCGACAUUCCGCCCCGUGGCCUCAAAAUGGCCGCCACCUUUAUCGGCAACAGCACCGCCAUCCAGGAGCUCUUCAAACGUAUCUCCGAGCAGUUCACCGCCAUGUUCCGCCGCAAAGCUUUCUUGCACUGGUACACCGGCGAGGGCAUGGACGAGAUGGAGUUCACCGAGGCCGAGAGCAACAUGAACGACCUGGUGUCCGAGUACCAGCAGUAUCAGGACGCCACCGCCGAGGAGGGCGAGUUUGAGGAGGAGGGCGAGGAAGAGGUCGCCUAAAUGAUCUCCUACAUUUCAUUUUUCUCAUCACAAACCGAAACAAAUAAGUUCUCAGUAUCCAUUGAAAACAAGUGACAUUUUAAUGAAUCGUGUGAACAUCUUGUGUUUCUGAAUGUUGUGAAUGCACGCCAUCUUUCCCACAUUUGUUUGUACAUGAUGACUU